AUGGCGGCGGAGAAGUCGAGAAGUGCGCGCAAGACCGCCAUAGUCAUUGGCGCAGGUGUCGGCGGCGUCUCGACCGCUGCACGACUAGCUCACGCUGGCUUUGAUGUUACUGUCCUCGAGAAGAACGAUUUUACUGGAGGGAGAUGCAGUCUCAUACAUACACCAGAUGGCUACCGUUUCGACCAAGGACCUUCGCUCCUCUUGCUCCCACGACUCUUCCAUCAGACAUUUGCAGAACUAGGGACGAGCCUUGAGAAAGAAGGUGUGGAGCUGAGGAAAUGCGAGCCCAAUUACCGGGUCUGGUUCGGCGAUGGCGAGGAGUUUGUGCUGUCCACGGAUCUGGCCACGAUGAAGAGGGAAGUGGAGAAGUGGGAGGGUCAUGAUGGGUAUGAGCGAUAUCUGGCCUUUUUGGGCGAGUCACAUCGGCAUUAUGAACUCAGUGUCGAGCACGUCCUACUCAAGAAUUUCACCUCUCUGGCUUCCAUGCUGAGGGUGAGUUUCCUGCGACAUUUGAUCGCGUUACACCCUUUCGAAAGUAUCUGGACGCGAGCGAGUAAGUACUUCUUCACGGAACGGUUGAGGAGGGUGUUCACGUUCGGGAGCAUGUAUAUGGGUAUGUCUCCCUUUGAUGCUCCAGGCACAUAUAGUCUAUUGCAGUAUACCGAGUUGGCGGAGGGGAUAUGGUAUCCAGUUGGGGGGUUCCAUAGGAUUGUGGAGGCGCUUGUGGAGGUUGGGAAGAGGAGGGGCGUGAGGUUCAGCAUGGGCUGUGAGGUGGAGAGAAUAUUGUUGGACCAGAGUAGGGGUAGAGCGAGCGGAGUGAGGCUGAGGGGUGGCGAGGUGCUGGAGGCGGAUGUUGUGGUCAACAACUCGGACCUGGUCUAUGCUUACACCAAUCUCCUGGCUCCGGACACAGACCCGGGCGCAGUCACGAAAGCCACGCCUUAUGCUGAAAGUCUGUCGCAGCGGGAAGCAUCCUGCUCGAGUAUCUCCUUCUACUGGGGUCUCUCACAGCAAGUGCCAGCCUUAUCAGCCCACAAUAUCUUCCUCGCAGACCAGUACAAAGAAUCAUUCGACUCGAUCUUCAAGAAACAUCUCAUACCCGACGAACCAAGUUUCUACGUCAACGUGCCUUCACGAGUAGACAGUAGUGCGGCGCCGCAAGGCAAGGACAGCAUAGUCGUGCUCGUACCUGUAGGCCACCUGGUAGAUGGACAAGCCAACCAGAUCGCCUCGCAACACACGAAUGGCAGCAUGCAAGCGAACGGCUCCGCAGUCAAGAAAACAACAAACCAAGACAUCAAAUCCCUCUCACCCCCGUCCCAAUCCGGCAUCCAACCAACCGAACAUCAAGACUGGCCCGCCAUGAUCGCCCUAGCCCGCAAAACCAUCCUCUCCACCAUCGAGGCACGCACAGGAGUCGAUCUUGGCCCCUUAAUUGUCCACGAAGAAACCAAUGAUCCGCAGACGUGGAAACAGAAAUUCAAUCUCGAUCGUGGCGCUAUCCUGGGCUUAUCCCACUCCUUCUUCAACGUCUUGUGCUUCCGUCCUUCGACUCGAGCAAGGAAAGGGUCACCACUGCUAGACGGUAAAUUCGGAGGCGGCAUCCUAGGACGCGUAGCAGAGCUUUUGGGUGAUUUGGGACGGGGUGGGAGUGGGAGCAUACGGGGUUUGUAUAUGGUUGGUGCCUCUGCGCAUCCUGGGACGGGCGUGCCGAUUUGUCUUGCAGGAGGGCGGUUGGUGGCGGAGCAGGUGCUGCAGGAUCUGGGGAUGAGUGUGCCAUGGGAGGAGGAUGGGAAGGAGGGAAAGGUGAAGUCGAGUUUGGAUGUUAUUGAUAGGCCGCUUACUGUGAGACUGGAGGAGUUGGCAUGGUGGGUCAUGGUGGUUUUCGCGGCAAUAUUUGCUUUAUGGAUGGCGAUGUACGUGUGGCGGUUGACAUGUUAG